UUUAGAAGAAAUUGUAAUACCAAUAAAAUAUCCUAGACAAGUUCCUUUUCAAGUUUCAAGAUUUAUUCAGAAGUGACAACUAAUUAUAGAAGCUAGCACAUAGUGUAAACUAAACGGCCAUAAGAAUUCUCAUAAAAUAUAUGUGAGGCAACAAUAUAUAAAAUUUAAUCUUCUUUAGCCAAAAAAAAAAAAAAAAAAAAAAAAGGAAGAAGAAAAAGAAGAAGAAGAAGAAGAAGAAGAGAGAUACGUGUUUAUUUUAAACUGUUGAUUGUGUAAUUUUUGUAAGUAUAAAAAAUGCAUUUUCCUAGCUAUAUAUUUGUGUACAUACCCUCAAGGGAGUUAACUUCAAUAUCUAAGCUUCUUGGCCUAUACUUUAUCCUAAAAUGGCACUAAUAGCUUUCUUCUUCUUCACAAUUUUCUUUUGCAAUAUUAGUAUAAUCACUAGUCAAGCCAUACCAAAAUUCACUUCCAUUCUAGUAUUUGGUGAUUCCACAGUGGAUACUGGUAAUAAUAACCACAUACUCACUAUAGCCAAAGGUAAUCAUCCACCAUAUGGCCAAGAUUACCCUAACCAUAUCCCCACGGGCAGAUUUUCCAAUGGAAAAUUAGUGCCAGACAUAUUGGCUAUUUUACUAAAUCUCAAGAAAAAUGGUGUUCCUCCAUAUAUGCAGCCAGAUUUACCAACAAAUGAAUUGCUCACUGGAAUUUGCUUUGCAUCAGGUGGGACAGGAUAUGAUGAAUUAACUAGUACUAUUUCUGGAGCAAUUCCAAUGAGGAAGCAGUUAGAUUAUUUCAAGGAAUAUUUGAGGAAAAUUAGAGUUCUUGUAGGAGAAAUUGAAGCUGAAAGAAUAGUGAAUGGUGCUUUGGUUAUUGUUAGUGCUGGGACUAAUGACUUUAUUUUUAAUUUCUAUGAUUUACCCAAAAGAAGGCUUCGGUUCAGCUUGAGUAAGUACCAAGAUUUUUUGCUAGGCAAGGUGCAAAGCUUUGUCAAGGAAUUAUAUGAUCUUGGAUGCCGUAAUAUUAUUGUAAAUGGACUGCCUCCAAUUGGUUGUCUUCCCAUUCAAAUGACAGCAAAAUCUCCACUUCUGAGAACUUGCAUAAAUAAAGAGAAUUUUGAUGCUCAAAUUUAUAAUCAAAAGCUUGAGCAUUUGUUACUUCAAUUGCAAGCGCAUCUUCCUGGAAGUAAAAUCUUAUAUAUAGACUCCUAUGCUUUUGUGUCGGACCUUAUCAACAAUGCACAGGAAUAUGGAUUUGAGGAAACAAAACGAGGGUGUUGUGGAAGUGGAUUAGUUGAAGCAGGACCAUUGUGUACAAGACUGUCACCAGUGUGUUCAGAUCCCUCACAAUUCAUAUUCUUCGAUAGCAUUCAUCCAACUGAAUCUACAUACUACAAGGCUACUGAUUACUUACUCAAGCAACUCCUCCCUAAAUUUGAAAAAUUCUAGUGUUAAGUUAUUUUAUUCAGCUAUUUCUUCAUCAAAAGAAUAAGUAAUAGAGAUCGCCUUGUAACUUUCUUGUUGCUCUAAGUAUCCCCCUUCAAUCUUCAUGCACCUCUUCGGCCAAAAAAAAAAAAAAAAAAAAAAAAAUUAAAUCCACAUUUGAUUUCGUACCCGAGAUUACUCUGACAAAGACAACAUUGUUUGAAAAAGGAAAUGGAUGUUUUUCGUAGGUAAAACGACCACAUUAUAAGCUUUAUAUAUAUUUUCAGACGUCCUGGCUCAGGACUGAGGCAAAAAAGCAAGAUAAAAAUUAUGACUUCAGAAAUUACAUAUGGCAAAGAAUGUAAGACAACUCUGGAUAUUUUUUUACUGCUAUAGCGAAAUGCUUAGCCAUUAUAAUAAAAUAUUGUUAUAGAAAGGUUUGACUGCACUCAAUA